CAUUAUAACAUUGCUCCCGACAGCGCCUUUUUCUCAUGGACUGUGCUGCUUCUGCCGAAGAAGGUCUGUCAUCUCCCUGAGCUGUGGUUGAAGCGCCUGAUUGUUCCUGUCCGCCUCCUGCCGCAACUGCUUCAUAUCUGUCUGCAACUGCAUCAGAUGUGUCUAGAACUCUUUCUCCAUCUUCUCCAGUCGCUGCUCAAUGUCAUCUGUUCUCUCCGAUGUUGCCGCGGCCGCCAAUGUCGUCGACGCUGCCUUGUCGAGCAAUUUCACCAAAUCCGAUUCAUUUUUGGGGGCCGAGGACUACACUGCGGUCGAGGUCUCGAGCGUAAAAGUGCCCGAGACUGGCUCAUAGUCCUUGAAGUACUUUUCAUGGUACUCUCGGAAUUCCCUAGGCGUCACCGUGUAAGUAGAUCACGCUCGGGAACCAGUGAUAUGUUCUUCGGAAACCUGACAUUGCAGGGAACGGACCCUGCACUAUCAUCGAUGGCUUUUGUCAGUUUCACCUUGUUGAGUGCCUGUGCUUGAUCAUCCGGACGCUGUACCUGCUGAGAAAUGUUGGUUUUCGGUGUCUCGAGAUCCUGAUCAGCAGCUAGUAACUUAGGAAG